GGAGUGAAUAGAAACUACAGACCUUCUAAUUUAUGCAUUUCUUUCAAGGCCAUUGAACUUUUUGUUGGUAAGAAAUAGUGGUUUAACCGGGUGAGAGUGGUCUUAAUUGUCACUCUAGUAAAAGUCUUGGGUUUAAAUUGGCACAAUAAAAAAUAUAGGGUUGUUUUUGAAAAUUUCCGAAAUUUAAAAAACCAUAGCUAGACACUAGUGAAUGAAAGGUGUGAAUCGUGAUCUGAGGGUGCGAAUGCGAUGGAAGGUAGGAAGAGGAAAGGAUACGCAUGGGCGUUUUUAGCUGGGCUUACCGCUGCUCUUGCUGCCAUUUCCGCUAAGCUAUUCACCUCUCAGUUUGUUAAAUUUGGUCUUGUCAUAUUUUUCAAUGUGACAAUGUGGGGAUGCUAUGUGAACAGCCUCAAAGUUCUCUCAUCUCUGCAGGCUACAGUGACAAACUUUGCUACAAACUUCCUCUCUUCAGGUCUAGCUGGGUUUUUUUUGUUUGAAGAAGCGUUAUCGUUUAAGUGGUUUUCAGGUGCCCUUCUCAUUGUAAUUGGUGUACUUGUACUUAGUCGUUCAAGUGUUGAGAGGAAGGAAAGCACAGAUUAGAGGUUCAAAAUGAAGGGUCUAAAUCCCGCCUUGCUUUUGUUGUCAAAAUUAUAUCUCAUGUAUAAUUAUGACUUUCAAAUUGAAUUUGUUGCGAAGAUCUCUGAAGCAGUUACAAUGCAGUGCUUAUCCAUGCAUGCCAA